AUGUUAGGCCACUUCUUCCUCGAAGCUGUGGAGAUCUUGCGUACCGCCUACCCGGAGAAGACGGCCUACCUCACGAGUGUCAGCGAGUGCGCUGUUCAGGGGUACAGCAGCACGACGUACUUCGUCACCUUUACCGAGGAGGAAGGGGUGAGCGAGAUGGUGCUCCAGCUGCGGAGGCCAGAGCACUACCUCAACGUCUCCGUCCUCGAGGCUGCUCGAGAGGUGCUCGGAGAGCUCGUUCCCGCGGCGCGAUUAUUGAUGGAGUACGACCGUGGUGAGAACAAGCUGCUCGCAUACGAGAUGUCCCGUAUUCCCGGGAUGUGUCUCUCCGAGUUCACCGGGAGGAAGGAGUAUGUCGACUGCUUGCCCGUGACUGCCCACAGCCUGGGGUCGAUGCUCGGCAAGUGCUGUAUGCCCGGACGAGUAGCACCGGCGGAGUUCACCCGCGCAGUGCGGAACAGACUAGAGAAAGCCGUCAAGUCCUCCGACCCUCUGCUCGCGUCUUACAUCGACGAUUUCCGCGAGUUGCUCGAUACGAAGCAAGUGCUUGACUGCUUGCCUAUGGCGAUCGGCAAUGGCGACCUGCAGUUCUCGAAUAUCCUCGUUGACGAGACUGGGCAAGUCACGGGUCUCGUAGACUGGGAAGACGAGCUGCACCAAGCGCCGCUGGGGUUCGAUCUGUGUUUCCUCCAGUGGCUACUGGGCGACUUCCGAGCUCUCUUGACUGGGGGCAAGUACACGCUAUACCCGAAUGCGAGCGAGAUUGAAGCCGGUUUCUGGGGGGGAUUCUUCGCCCACCUCCCCCCAGCCAUGCGGGUGACGAACACGUUCAUAGGCCAGCUGGAACAGGUGAUGCGAUUUGGCGCAGUCUUCUUCCACGCUAUCGAUGGGAGGUGCAACCUUCCCUCGUGUAUUGGUCUCCUGCGCUUACAACUUGAUUAUACGAUCCCGGUCCAACGUCUGGGUCUGAACUUUGUGCAAAACUCAGGCAUGAUCCUCGACUGAGACUAUCGACCAACCGAGCGGCAAACUCCGACAUCGGGGAACAGCAUUGUAUUCACUCUAUGACGAGCGUUUGCCAGGUAUAGGAGAACGGGCGAUCGGGGCGAUCAGGGCGAAUAUUGGGCGUAUAAGGCGCGCAGCACCUCCGCCAAACCUUUGGCUUCUCAUCUUAUCACUCCCUGAGCAUGCGGAGACCGCGGAUCAUUUAACGCCAUGGAACUGGGAGACCGAGCGCUGUGAACCCACGACACUUUUGGGCUCCGCUUCUUCCUGCGGAUGCCGAAGGUAACCGCACGGUACACGAACCUCCGGGUGUCAAGUUGGUCAUUCGUGUUUCCCCUUGGGUUGAUCCCCGCUUUUCCGAGACAUUGUAUGGGACGACGACCCAUGAAAUUUCCGAAACCGAUUAUUUACCGAUGAGAAGAUCAGCUCACUAUCGUUGGUACCGUGAAACGCCCGAGGGUCAAUAGGGGUCAGGAGACGUGGAUUACUGCUCUGGCCUCGAAAUUGCUUGGGAGUGAAACUGU